AUGAAAGAUUGUAAAGCGUCUGUAGCUCCCAUAAUCAAAGGUGAUAAAUUUCAUAAAGGACAAUCCCCUGAAAAUGCAUUGGAACAAGAGCAGAUGAAAAGUGUACCUUAUGCAUCUACAGUGGGUAGCUUGAUGUAUGCUCAAGUUUGUACCCGUCCAAACAUAUGUCUAGCAGUUGGAUUAUUGGGUCUUUAUCAAAGUAACCCAAGACUUCAACAUUGGAUAGCUGCAAAGAAGGUGAUGCAGUAUUUGCAAGGAACCAAGAAUUACAUGCUAACCUACAGGCAUACAGAAAAUUUGCAAGUGGUUGGCUAUUCAGAUUUGGAUUUUGCCGGUCGUGUAGACACCAGAAAGUCUACUUCUGGAUAUAUCUUUCUUCUUGCUGAAGGAGCUAUAUCUUGGAAGAGUAAGAAGCAAUCUAUAGUUGCUACGUCUACUAUGGAGGCAGAAUUUAUUGCAUGCUAUGAAGCAACGACACAAGCCAUAUGGUUGAAGAAUUUUAUUUCUGGUCUUAAAAUUGUCGAUUCCAUUCAAAGACCAAUAAAGAUUCUUUGUGAUAAUACCCCUGCAGUGUUCUUCUCAAAGAACAAUAAGAGCAGAAGUAGAAGCAGGCAUAUCGACAUAAAGUAUUUAAGUGUGAGAGAGAGCAUCAAAUAUAAUGUGGUGUAUAUUGAGCACACCAGUACAGAAUUGAUGUUAGCUGAUCCAAUGACCAAAGGUUUACCGGUAAAACAAUUUCAGGGUCAUGUGGAUCGUAUGGGCUUAAUUAAAGUGUAA